AUAGUUUUUGAUCCAAAAUAAACUUUUAAAAUGGAUGCACGAGUUCUUGUUCAGAUUUGGUAUAUUAUGGCGGAGAUCUUGCGUCAGGGAGAAGGAUCUAGUAAGGAUGAGUGUAACAAGUUUAACUCUACUUGCUGUUACAAUCAAUUUUUCGAUACUGACACUGACAGCUGUGUAGAAUGUGCGCUGGGUAGCUUUGGGUGGAAUUGUGAUGAACAAUGCAUUAAUGGAUUUUACGGCUUUCUUUGCAAACGUGAAUGCAAAUGUGAUGCUCACCUUUGCGAUUCAGCUAGAGGGUGUACAACAUCUGAUCAUGAGUACAACACUAAUGAAACAACAUCUUUCAAUAAUACAACAGUUGAGGCCAUCUCACACUUAACAAUGCCUCCCAACGAUUCAACGGUUGAGGUCAUCUCAUACUCAACAAUGUCUCCCAACGAUUCAACGGUGAAGUCCAUCUCAAAGGAAGCAGGACCGACAGAGGUCCCAGAUAAAAAUGUUCAGACAAAAUUUAGAUUCAACCCGACACGCAUCAUACACCCUAGAGAGGAUUUUCCCAACAUACAUUCAUAUCAUCAUGACAGCAAUCAAUGGAUGUCAGUUUCCUUCCUUUUAAUUGGUUCUCUAGCUACAAUUUUCAUAUUUGGGAUUCUGGUUUAUCUACGGACAACUAAACGGUGUAAUUAUCGUUCCUAUCACCCCAGACUAGGUGAUAAUGUUAUUCAACAAGACGUUGAUGAUGAAGACCCCGCCGAUACGACUUUAGCUGCGGAGGAACAGUCGGAUGACUACGCUGAAAUUCGCUACUCACAAUUUAAUGUUUGUAGUGGUACUUUUCCACAAUUUCAUAAUUCAUCUUGUGCGAGUGGCGAAAUUGGGGCUUGUGGAAUCGGACUUGUAACAAAACAAAACGUUUACGAUAGAUAUGAUAACGAUUGUGAGUAUAGCCGUCUCCAGCUCAGGAAAAAGCAAAGUAGAAUUAUUAAUCAGGACGGAACACAAAAACAAGGGUUCAUAAACCAAGACGAGGAAGUGUAUGUUUCAUUGAAACCAUCAGACAUAACGGAUUCUCCCUUCAUGAAAGCAAACACUUUACCUCGGAAUUCUCGUAUCAACAUUGGUGAAAAUAAACAAAACACAGAAUUUUCUCAUGAUAUCAUUCGUAGUACUUCAGAGAGCAAACUGUUUGAGUUUGAGAAAGAUUCUCCAAAACCUGUCACACGAAUGGAAGGUUCUAUGGCAAGAGAAAUACAAAGGAACGAUACAAAGAUUGACGUUGAAGACAGACCAUAUAGUCUUGUUAAGUUGUUGGAUAUUUCAGAAUAGUUCGUACACCCGAAGUUGUGCACAUGCAGAAUCGAAUGGAAUUUUCAUGACUUUAACAAUACUUUCACACCGUACCGUGAAACUGAUAAUAUUGUUAACAUUUUGAACUGAUCACCAUAUUGAAUGCGAAGGUUGGGGAAAUCUAAUGGUCAAAACGGUCCUUUCGCAUCUGGGAGUCCAGAGUUCGAUCCGCGAUCCCAGCGCCGCCUUAAAACUAAGAUGUUUAGCAUAUAUAUGUAAUAGUUUUCCCUUCCUUCGCCCGAUAUUAGAAGCGAAGAGUACGGUUUUGCAGAUUCGGUUUUGCACACGGAGUUCCCAUGUCGCAUUAAGCAUUGGCGCAGUAAGAACUCUCAAGGAUAUCAAUAGCCAUUGUCAAAAUUUAUGACUCUUCACCUAGUUCGAUGUUAUCAUUCGAGAUUGGAAAUAACAAGCAUAACAAAUACAACGAUUUUGAACGACUUUGGUAUAUGCAUGUAAAAUACAUAUGACUCAAUUUCAUAAUUUCAAUUUGCAUUUGUAACUAUGAUAUUGUUUCUAUGGAUAACACUGCUUCUUUAAUAAAAAACAAACAAACAAG